AUGAAUAACACAGAAACCAUUAAAGAUAAUAAUAAUUUUAUUCACCAUAUUAAAAUUUAUAAUUCUAUUACUCCACAAGUCAAAAGAAGGCUAGCAUUAAUCCCAUCUGCAAAUAAUCCAAAUCGACGCAAACAAAUGAGUACAGAUAAUUCAAUUCAUAUUGAAACAGAACAGUCGCCAGGAAAAGAAGAACAUUCGCUGUCUCUUUUAACUUCUGCGCAGUUGGGAACGACGAGUGCAACUAAGGAAAGGGAGCCAAGCGAAGGAACAAAAUUAUCAUCUCUAACGGCAUCGAAACCUCCGACUUCUAUACAGCCUUCAUCGGCGCUUGUAACUAAGGAACAAGGUGGAGAUAAUAGGAUGGGAGAAGAUGAAACAUUAGAUUUUGAUAAUUUUAUUGAAGAAAAAUUUACGUUAUUUGAUGGAACACAAGAUGUAAAACAACGGUAG